AUGAUGAUCGCUCCGAGUUCCUCUCAAGCUUCGUCGUGUACCCCACCCCCCCCCCCCCCCCCUCUUUUUUUUCCUCCCUUUCAGCAGUAUUUUUGUGCUUUUCUUCUUUGUCCUUUGUUCUUAUCAAGUAUUAACUCCAAGAUUUUGCGACAGAUACUCAAGACCCUGUUUGAGAUAGUCUUAUUUGAAGACUCAGGGAAUCAAUGGAGUCUUAGCAGACCUACGUUGAGCUUGAUUCUCAUCAGUGAACAGAUGUUUAGUGAUAUAAGAGCUCAAAUUUUGGCUUCUCAGCCUGCAGACCAACAACAACGUCUCUCACUAUGCUUCGAUAAACUGAUGGCUGAUGUUACGAGGAGUUUGGAAUCGAAGAACAGAGACAAAUUCACUCAGAACCUCACAGUUUUUAAACAUGAAUUCCGUGUCAAAUAGUGCUACCGAACCUGGCAUGAUCUUUGCCUUUGAUUUGUAAAUACCCAGCCUCGUUCCAUUUUUUGACUCCUGAAGGGGACAGCACUUUGUUAUACUAACAGUUCAUGAUGCUUUGACUGGGAUUGGAUUUUUGUUGGAGGAAUGGUUUUGGGAGUGGUCGAUUGCUGUGAUCGAGGAGAAAAAGGAAAAUAGAUUGGUGACUUAGUGAUGUUGCUGAGAGGUGUUUUUGUUGUUAAAAAUCUCUCUCAUCAUUUGUUGUGGUAUUUUUCCACAGUGGGAAUGAAUAUAUGCUGGGGAGCAUACAUUGUUAGUUUGUACAGCAAGAUUCUAAAAGUUGCUGAAGGUGGGACAGCUGUUUGUUCCUCUGGUUCUAAUUAUGAGGAAAAUGGCCAUAUCCCAGCUGUCUUGAUUCUUUUUCUUAGAUAGGGAAACGGUGUAAAAGAAGCAAAGGUGUAAAUUGAUACUCCCAUGGUUGUGUCUCAAUUGUGUACAUUAACUGUGUCGUUUUUAGCUCUGUUAUUUUGUAUUUGUUAAUUGAGUAUUAUUUUUUUUUUGAUAUGGGCAACCUCUACCUGUUUCUCUCU